AUGGACUGGCACGAGGUGCCUGAGGUGGGUCUCGAACCCGGGUCUCCCAGUCAGGCUGUGCUUGGAUCAAACUCAGUGUCAGUGACGGAGGGAGACUUUGUCACUCUUAAAAGUGAUGUUUCCAUGCAAGAGCGUGACCAGAUGCUGUGGUAUUUUAAUGACACCCUCAUCGCCCUGAUCAGAGAUGAUCCCACUGAGGGUUGUGUGUAUGAUGGAGAACGUCAGAGAUUCAGAAACAGACUAUCAGUGGACUUUGAGACUGGAUCCCUGACCAUCAAAAACAUCAGAUCUGAACACGCUGGACGCUACGAAGCAGAGAUCGUCAGAAACGAGAGCUCAGGAACCAGCCAAAGCCACAGCGAGUGUGACAGAACAAAAAUCAUCACAAAAAUGAUCAACACUGGAGACACCAUAAAGACGUUCAGUGUGUCCGUCCGUCCUGAUUCAUCUAGUGAUCGUUCAGACAUUAGUGCCUCUCGCUCUCGUCUUGACAAAUUCAAUAAAGGAUCAUACUAUAAGGAGAAGGAACAAGUGUGUAAAAAGAGUUCAGUUCUGUCUGUAGGUCUUGUAGCAGGAGUGUGUGCUGUUGCUGUUGUUCUGGUGGCUGCAGCUGUUCUUGGUGUGCUUUACUAUCGGGACGAGAUCUCUAAAAAGGAAGACAGGGAGAAAAACAAGUCUGAGCAUCUGCUGGCAGUCUCAGCAUGAGAAGGGACGGUUCCCCAAAUGGUUCAGUGGACAUCUAAGGGUUAAACAGGACUAAAGGCACAUUUGACUGUAUGCUCCUUUAAAACACUGAAGUCACUUUUGGUCUCAUAAUACUAAGUGGAUUCAUGCCGCCCCUGAGCUGUGGAAAUACAUCUAAAGCCACUUCAGAUGCAGACUCUGUGCCACAUCUGCAGUGCAAGCAGGAGUUUGAGCCUUAUUUCAUUGAAUUGUUAAAAGCCUAUAGCAAGAACAAUAAGAACAGCAAAUAACUGUUAAGGUGAAUAAAGUUGUGCUCAGUUCACAACAGUUUGUAUUAAGAAUGAACACUAGAAGAACAAACAGGUUUGCAAUCCGAGUGAUAUAAAUAUCCAUCUCCUGUCAGCGCUGUAAGGACACUCCAUACACCUGUCGUAAGAGCUUCUUCUUUCUACAUUUAAAGGGUGGAUCAAAAACUAAAAUAAUGCAUGACUGCUUCCUGCUGUUAUCCAGGACCAAUGACAUCCUCUUCCACACCAAGUCCUCCUGGGUAUUCUGUUGUCUUUAGUUUGACAGUGUCUUAUUAUUAAAAAAUGCAUAUAUAAUACAUUUGAAUUUGACAGAAAACAAUCUAAUAAUUUAAUGAAAAAAUAAAUGCUGAACAUUUGUGUGUGUGGAUCUGUAAGUAAACGGUACUAACGUUGAAAAAAAUGAAAUGUCCGUUAUGAAGUUUUAAUAAUAAUGUGCAAUCAAAAUAUAAGAUAGAAUAUCAUACCGAAGGGACAUGAUCUCAGGUGUGUGAUGCUGAACCCUUAGAUUAAAUUGUUAAGUUGUUGUUGUUGUUAU